CUAGAUUAGAUCUAAAUCUAGAUUCUAAAUGUGCUGUUGUCCAAAUAAAGAAAUUAUGCCACUGUGAUGGCAAUGGUGUAUGAAUUCUUGUGCAAGAGUGAAUGUGGAGCAUGAGGAAGAGGACAUACCAUCAUCAAGAAGAAGACUAUGAAAGGUAUGCACUUAGUCUUCACCUGGACCACUUUCCUCAUCCUUUUUGAGCCACAUCAUGAUGUGACAGAGUCCUGUUACCAUGGCAACCCACAUACAGCAAGGCAUGUGAGGAGGAAUGCUGAUACCUCUUAUGGCGAGGGUAAUGUGGAUAGCCAGGAGAGUGGCCACAGCAGUGGAAAAGAGCCGAAUGCAGAGGGAAGUCACUACAAGCCCAUGAGAAUCAAGACAGUGUACUCACUAAGCAACUACCUGCUGCCAGAAGAAAAAGAAAAUCUCAAAAGGGUUUUGGAGCGUGCUGUUAGGAAAAUCACAAGCACACUAUCAGUUCUACGGUCAAAAGAUCGGCUUCUCCUGACUCGCGAUCAUGCAUGUCGCGCCACUUUCAGGACUGGAAUCAACAAAGGAAGAUGUGCAAAAAUACAGAAAGGCUAUUCUGGAGAAUUUUGCAUGGACAAUUUAAAGAUUCCCACUGCUCACCUGGAGGGGUUUGUUGUGUACAACAAGACGAGCUCUGGCCCGGUGAAAGUCUACCUGAAGGAUGGCCCAGGCCUGAAAGACACUGACUUUGUGUUGUAUGUCACUUCACAGACUACUGCCUUAUGUAAUCCUUUGAAAUCAUCUGCUCUAGCGUAUGCUGCAUACUGUAAGAUGGACGAGACUGGGCGGCCGGUUGCUGGACAGGUCAACUUUUGCCCCCGGACUGUGAAGGCCCAGAAGUUUGAUGAGGAGCUCCUUUACAAAACGUCGCUUCAUGAGUUGUUUCAUGCCUUGGGCUUUUCAAAUAAAUUGUUUGGAAAAUUCAGAAAUUGUGACGAAGUUGGAAACUGCACUUCAUGGCCUAAGGUGUUUGUGUUGGUGGACGGAAUCAAACGACUGGGCACUGAUGCAGUUGUGCGAGAGAUGCAACGCCACUUCAACUGCACCUCUGAGCCAGACUUUGGGGGACCUUUGGAAGAUGUUAAUGGCAGAGUGAUGUCACACUGGGAUCCUCUGCUCAUGCACAGUUCUGUCAUGACAUCAAAGGAGCAGAAGCCUUACUUGAUGCUGAUUGACCCCAUCUCUCUGGCCGUGUUUGAGGACAGUGGUUGGUACAAGGUGGACUACAGCCAGGCUGACCACUUCAUGUGGGGCAAAGGAAAAGGCUGCUCAUUUGGUGCAAAAGGUGUUUGUGAAGAUCAAGAAGGCUUCUGCAGACAAAACAUUACAGGCUGUCAUCAUCUUCAUUUGACCAAAGCUCGAUGCAAUGCCAACCUGAGCUCAACAGAGUGCGGAGUCUUUGCUGCCGAUCAGAGACCUUGUUUCCGCGAGUCUAUACCCUCGUCGGAGGAGGAAAUCUUCUCAAGUUCCAGUCGAUGCUUCGUGUCAACGUUAAGUCCUUUGCUGAGCACCAGUUCUAGUACUGGUUCCCUGUCAACCAGCGGGAAAUGUUAUGAACGUCGCUGUGAUGGAGAUAAGUAUUUUGUCAGAGUCAGCAACAGUGACUGGCAUCUAUGCGCACCCGGUUCUCACAUUCAGGACAAAAAGAGGGGACCAAAUUAGUAACAGUAUUUCUGGCCAUCCGCCUGCCCUCGGUCAACUCGUCUUUCAUCUCGGACCUGGUCCAGUUCCUGUCAGAGUCACAAGGACUGUGGCGACUCAAGGAGUGGGCGGAGCACAAGGUCAAGGAUCAGCAGGAGAGCUUUCUCUGUGCUAACUUUACAGCUGCAGAGUUUGCAGCUGAUUCAACAUCCUUAGAACGCUUUGUUAAUCGUUCCAUUGUCAGCAUUGAAGGAGCAACUCUUUACUCUACAAGUGCUCAUAGUGUUCCAGAGUGUCAGAAUUCAGAGAAGGAGGGCAAGACAAACUCUAGCUCCUUCAGCUCUACCUCCUUGACCUUUCUCUGGAGCAUUGUGGUAGUCAUCUCGGACUAUUUGUUUCCGUAAGGAGUGUUUAUGUUUGACAAUUUACAAGUUGGUCUCAUAGUUGCUGUAAUUGAAGAAAAUAAGCUUAUGAUUUAUUUUGAAGGAAGACAUCAGUUGCAAACCUAGUAAGUCUGAAAUUGGGUCAGUUUUAUUUUUGUCAGAAAAGAUUGCACAGAAACAGAAACCCUCUUGCAUCAUAUCUAAAUAUAGUGCAAGUUCACAGAGGGAAAAUUUCUAAAUUCGACAUUGGCCCCAAUCUGUAGGUAUCUAUCCUUUUGCGCACUUUACACUCGAUUCUAUUUUCCUUGAAAGCUGUUAUUUCAGACCUGCACAGUUUGCAAUUGUUAUUGUCAAUACAUAGAUAAUCAAAAUUGUCCAAGACAGCUACCCAUUGUCGAGGGAAAAAAGCUAUCUUCUUAGACAGGCCGACAUUUUAUACAGUGUCUUUAUAAUACUUUAAAAAACGCAAGAGGGGAAAUGGGAAGUGGUCGUUUGUACAAGUGAUUGUCUUGGACAGGUGGCUGUUUUAGCAGGUUGGACUAUGUAUUAUAUUCGUAUAUAGAGAGAGAAAAAGAGACAUAUGUAUACUUGUGCGAGAUAUAUGUAUUGUAUAAAUUUGAUUUGAGUUUAUGAAUAUUGUUUGGCGGUUGAAAUCCACAUCGACACAAAGACUAACAUUUUCUCACUACUAUGCUCUGUGAAACCAGUGUUUUUUUAACGUAUUUUUAUUUUAAUGUUUAGAAAAUAUUGGACCAUGCAUCAGCAUUAUUGUCUAUUUUUAUGUUACAAAAGUUUAUUUUCUAUGAGAGUGCCUUCAAUUUUAUGCUUGACGCCGGUUGUCUUUAUCUGAAUAUCUGUUUACAUAAUUACUGCAAUAUAUCAUGCAGAUUUAUCAGGGCUGAAAGAAGUUUGGGAAAUAUUUCUCGACUCGUUCGGUACGGGAUAUGAUUUCAGAGCAAAAUAAAAUUAAUGUAGUCAAUGCUCAGAAGUAUAAAAAUUGUCCUGAUUGUGUAUAUGGAGUGAAAUAAUUGUACAUUUAGGUUUCUAUCAAUUUUUUUUUUUUUAUGAGCCGGGAAACAAGAGAAAUCUAAUUACUUGUUGUUACGACAUCAAUGUCAUCAAAUAGAAACUCCAAAAGAAAUCUGUCAUCAAUCGACGUUAUCAACCACCAGAUCGCUAUUUCUUGAGAAACAGAAGCCGUAAGACUAGAAGAGACUUAUGCACUGGUUUUUAUUCUCAUAGUCUCUGCAGAUUAUAUUGAAUGUUUGUUGUGUUAAAUGAGGUGUUUAAGCAAGUGUUUUCUAAGCCUGCAGACACAGGUGGUGCUUUUCUUGUCCUUCUGAUACUGGUAGUGCCAUGACUAAUGUUAUUAGCUUUCUCAACAAAGAUGAUCUUUUUUUAAAUAUAUUAUAUAUUUACAACUGUUAAAACACAAUAUAUAUUUUAUUUUCUUUUUUUUUUUUUUGUUGGUUAUGGUUCAUGCGUACAGACAUUUGAACUGGUUGUGUUCAGUUGUAUAUUAUGAAUGACAAUAUGUUGUCAGAAGUGUGUUCUAGUAGUUUGUAAACUGACUGUAUAGUAUAUCCAGUUUUGUGCCUUAUCGUUCCUAAUUUUAGAUUCAUUUGUCUGUUUAUGAAGAUUUUAUUUCUUGGUUGGUUGGCUGGUGGGUUUUGUUUUUUGCUGGUUUUUUGUUGUGGGUUGUUUUGUUGG